AUGCAAAGAAGACACUCUUCGGCAUCGGCUGUGUGUGAGAGACAAUCGCUUUUGGAUCAGAUAUCCAGCGAAUGGCGCGAAGACAAGCGUCUGGACCUAUAUAUCGUUGUGAUCAAUGGGUUGACACAAAACAUAACCAUUCAAUGGCUGCUGGAACUGCUGCAGAAGUCGCGGUCCGAAAGUGACGGACACUUCCUCCUGAACCGUAUUGAGGACAUUAACGACUCGGAUAUCACGCUUCACGUGAGCGCUACGAACGCCACCAUUAAUAUCAGCGCCGAUGCCAUCGAUCUGAAGACAUUCAAUGGCUCGGAGUGUUUGUGUCGUGUGUUUCGUGUGGACGACCAGAACAUGGAUUCCGGUGACUGUCUGACGGUCUCUGAACGACAGCGUGUUUUGCUCUUCCAAUUGGAAAGUCUUCACUCCAUUGAAAGAGGAGUUUUGUUUGGAUACCCCAAUGUAAGGUUAUACCCGGGACAGUCUAUCCUACAAGUGUGUCAGCGCGAGAAUAUAGUCACCGAAUACUUCCCACUUCACGACAACCCAACUCUGGAUGCACUCAAGACUAAGUGGUGCUUCUCAUUCAAAAAACAGCCAAUCCAUGAUAUUCGUAACUAUUUUGGCGAAAAGAUAGCUUUUUAUUUUGCAUUCUUAGAGUUCUAUACAAAUAGUCUAUUGAUUCCGGGAGUGUUUGGAAUCUUUCAGUUCCUGUUUCUCAAUGAAAUGAACAUAUUUUGUGCCGUUUUCUAUAUGCUAUGGAUUCCCAUAUUUCUGAAACAAUGGACCAGAAAAUCCAAUGAAUUGGCGUUUCGAUGGGGAACUAUAGGCGACGUUCAGCUGGAGGGCCCGCGCCCUACCUUUCGCGGCAAAACCAUGACAGAAGACCCCAUAACCAAACAUUUGACUCCUAUUUAUCCCAUAUAUAAGACGUGGUUAAGAGAGUACGGCGUUUCGUUGCCUAUCGUUAUGUUUAGUCUCGGCGUCUCUUUCCACGUGAUGUGCCUUUACUUUCAAUUAGAGGAGGAUUUGCUGCACUAUUUAGGUCCCGAUCCGACUGGCGUUCAAAAAGUGAUUUCUUUUAUGCCCGGAAUUAUAUAUGCAAUCGUUGUUAUGAUUAUGAAUAACAUUUACGGCAAAAUAGCCACUAAACUCAAUGAAUGGGGUUUGUAG